AAAGGAGGGGGGGGCGGGAGGGUUCUGGUUCUAACUUGACGGAAUAAACGGAGUCUUUUUUGGAUCCCCUUGGCGCCUUUCCCAGCGUCGUAGUUUCUCCCCCAACUUCUCUGCUUCGACGCCCAGACCGAGAGAGAGUGGGACAGAGAGAUGGCGCGCCAAUGCAGCAGGCUCCUCCGGUUAGGGUUUACUUCCAUGUCUUGCCUCUUUGAAAGAGGAAAUGGAGGAGGAGCCCCAUUUCGCGCCACCGCCCAUAAAUGGAGCUGCCGGCGCUUCACCGCCGCUCCUCCUCCUCCUCCUCGUCGGUCCGCGGAUAGGCGCACUCGCGUCACCAUGGGAAGGAUAUUGACUGGAACCAUGUUGGGUGUUGUGAUUGCUGGAGGUGCAUAUGUAAGUACAGCAGAUGAAGCAACAUUCAGUGGAUGGCUCUUUGAUGCAACAAAGCUUGUGAAUCCUCUCUUUGCGUUGUUAGAUCCCGAGACUGCUCAUCGUUUGGCAAUAUCAGCUGCAGCACGUGGGUUCAUCCCAAGGGAAAAGAGGCCUGACCCAUCAAUAUUGGAAGUGGAGGUCUGGGGGCAAAAAUUUUCAAAUCCGCUUGGCCUUGCUGCAGGAUACGAUAAAAAUGCUGAGGCUGUGGAGAGUUUGUUAGGACUUGGCUUCAGUUUCAUUGAAGUUGGUUCUGUGACACCCAUUCCACAAGAGGGUACUCAAAAGCCUUGCAUAUUCAGAAUACCACUAGAGAGAGCUAUCAUUGGCCGAGAUUGUGUUAACAGUGAGGGUCUUGUAGCGGUUGUUGAACGCUUGGCUGGUCAAUAUGGCAAGAUCAAAUUUAAAAGGAAAUCUGAUGGUCCAGAACAUGGAGGAACAGCGGGACAUGGCAUUGUUGGUGUAAACAUUGGCAAGAAUACGACGAGUGAAGAUGCAGCUGCUGAUUACCUUCAAGGAUUUCAUACUUUGUGUCAUAUUGCUGAUUAUUUGGUUAUAAAUGUUUCACCUCCAAAUACCCCAGGCUUACGUAAACUUGAGGGAAGGAAACAACUUAAAGACCUCGUUAGAAAGAUCCAAUCUGCUCGUGAUGAAAUGCUAUGGGGUGAGAGAGGGCCUCCUCCAUUACUUGUAAAGAUUUCCCCUGAUCUGUCUAGACAGGACCUUGAAGACAUUGCUGCAGUUGCUCUAACUUUGCGGCUCGAUGGACUGAUUAUAUCAAACACAACCACUUCGAGGCCAGAACCUGUAAAUAAAUACCCUGUGUCUAAGGAGUCUGGUGGAUUGAGUGGAAAGCCUCUAUUUAGUUUGUCUACCGACAUUCUUAAGGAGAUGUACAUCCUAACCCAGGGGAAAAUCACUCUUGUUGGCUGUGGAGGGGUCAGCAGUGGUGAGGAUGCAUAUAGAAAGAUUCGGGCGGGAGCAACCCUUGUUCAAAUCUAUACAGCAUUUUCAUACGAGGGACCUGCUUUGGUGCCACGAAUAAAGGCUGAGCUGGCAAGAUGCCUGGAGGGAGAUGGUUUUAAAUCAGUCCACGAAGCUGUUGGUGCGGACUGUAGAUAGCUGUGGGUGGAAGCUGAUUGUUUCUUCUUUUACCUUGAGGAAAACACAACAUUGCUGCUCCAGUUGGAGUUUCUUCCAUCUUUGCAGCCAUCGGUAUGACUAUAUAAGUGAGUUGCUUUCCCUGUUUCGAGGAAUUUUGAUUCGGAAAUCUUCUAACGGAUAGGAUGAUCCUGCAAAUGGGUAUCCAGAACAGUUGAUUCUGGAAAAUUCUCUUUUUACCAAAAAGGAAAAGUCAUUAUAGGGUUUUCCCUACCUUGUCCAUUUAUUGAUCAUAAAGAGAAGUUGUAUAUUGAUCUUGUAUUCUUUAUCCCUGUUCAUAAGUCCAUGAACAAAUGCAUGGAUUAGUGCGCUAAUGAUUGUUUAUAUGAGCGACAUAAACAAUCAAUUUUUUAUUAUUCCC